GUGAUCUUCCAUUUCAUUAUACAUUUGUAUCUAGAAUGUAUAAUAAUUUUUUUAUAAAGAUGACCGAGGAAUAACUUCUAUUAAAAGUAAUAUAUUUUCGAAUAUAAAAGAUCGAUCGAUUUACUUUGCAUAUAUUAAGAGAGGCAAAAUUUUGUUUGAAGGGAACUACAUUGAGCAAUUAAAUAGAUUAAUGUACACAAACUGGAGUAAAAAAAUAUGAGUCGCAAAAGAGGUACCGGGAGACAAUACAUACGGCUGAAAAGUGAAAUGAAGGACAUCUCUGCCCCAUACAACUUCGAGCAUCAUUACCAUGUUGGACCUGAAGAUUACGGCGAAAAAGUGAUAAAUACUGAUGUUCAAACCAUUUCACAUCGACCACCCAACCCCGACACGAAAGACAGACCAAGAGGCCCCACGAUAACAAACGAAAGCCUUUUACAGACUAUAAAAAAAGAACGUACACCGACUGUGAGUUCUGAAAUAGGUGAUAUUGUUGAAGAGAGGAUGAGAAAGGUACUAAGUGAGCAGAACUGGAUCCACGAAAUUGGCCACUGUUCGCAUUGUUUGAGUGUGGAAACACCUAAGGAUGAACAAGUCAUGCCAUUGCACACACAACAAGACGUGAAACUAAAUACAUGCACUAAAAUACCUGUCCCCACAAAGCGUAACCAGUUCUCAUCAUCACAACAAAACAGGAUGCACAGACAGGGAGGUUCAGUAAAAUUUGACGAGAGAGAAUGCCUGGCAGAUGCGUUAAAGUAUCACAUUGAUGAACUUGUGGAGGGUGUUGUGUUCAAGGACAGCGAAUUGCCUGACGCCCUUCUACAAGAUGGUUGCAUAACAGAUGAUGAAUGUGCGCGAGUGAGAAACAAACUCGACCGCAAAGAUCAAGUUCGUGUCCUUGUUAGUGUACUGAAAGGUAGAGAUUUAGACGUAUUGCAGAAAUUUCUGAAACGUUUAAGAUCUCAGAACCACAAUCUUGUGAAGAGCAUAGAAGAGAAAUUUGAAAGCAAUAAGAAAAGUGAGUUAAAAGGAGCCAAAUGCGCCCUCUGCAAACUUACUUCCCAAGUACAUCUGAAGUAUAUUGUUGAUAAUUUAUGGAAGAACGGUUUGAUAGAUGACGUGUUACAUUAUUCGGUUGUAGAUAUAGACACGCCUCUAUGUUAUCAGGACGGUCUUUGGAAGAGUGUAAUAGAUUCUUUAAAUAACUGUUGUGUAAGAAAUCCAUCCGACGUCUGUAACAAAAUUGUUGACGCAUUGACAAAAAAACAGCACUACAAACAUAUAGCAGAAGGAAUAAAGGAGAUUAUAAAAAACAAGGGAACAUUGGUGUGUGUUUGUCGCUUACACUUUAUCAAUGUUUCUACGUUGUCAUUGAGCUCACGUGUAUCUUCAUGCUCCCCGUACGCCUCAGAUUCUGAGAUCUCUAACAUAACAGAGACCAGCAACAUUCAAGAAGGUCGAAGAUGCAUCGUUAACCAGCCAUAUCAGACGGUUUCUAAAGAAAACUCAUACUUAGGAAAUGAAGUAAUUGGAGAAUUUGUAUCAGUAUCGCAGGCGAGUGUCGGUUUUAAGACUGUACAAGAGAAUAUGAUAUUCGAGGAACAGCCCGAUGUCCCAGAGAAGAAAUCAGUGAAGACGAUGGUCAAACUAUUCGAACAUAACUCUUAAGAAAGUAACAACGGGAAACGACACAUGUAACAUGAUUGUGUUUUGGUAGCUACAAUAGUUUCUGUAUGUUAACAUAACAUUGAACAAACCGAAACAAAAGCUAUUUAAAAUGCGAUAAUCUAUGUUUAAAUCUGGAUCAAAUUUUCAAUACAAUAUUAAAGGUUUAGGAGUACAUUAUCAAAACACAGAAAUAUUGAUAACAUCUUUACCAACAAUCUACCUGAACAUUACAAUCUGUAUGAUGGAUACUUGAAAUAUUCUCAAGAAGUUGUCUCCCUUUAAAACUGAGUGCCAUUUGGAAGAUACAAAAAUAAACAAUUGCUGAAAACUACAUUUUACAUAGUUAUGUGAAAUUUCAGCACUGGGAUAUCAUUGCAAAUGUAUAAGAACAAACAGUUAUUUGAAAAUGGGGUUGAACUGUCCGAAAGUGUGGCCAAUUUGUACAGUUCUUUCUUGAAAUUCAAUGUAUAUAUCAGUAAACUGAUUAUCGUUUUGUAGAGUAAUAUACAUGUUUUCUAUGCUGUUCAAUUUUCAUGUGAAACAACCCUUUGGUUCUAUGAUUUAAUGUUGUUUGAGUUUUGUUCACAAAAUGUAAAGCUAAGCGUUAACAUUCUCGAUUGUACAUGAAACAAUAUUAUUAUACCAGAUUUAUAUAGCGCCCUUUUCAUGAUCAAUUUCACGUUCAAAGGCGCUUUACAUAGUUCAAAUGCAGCCACAAAGGGCGCAUAUUAUUCAUCCUCUACUAGUACAGACACAGAGCGAUCUGACCAGAGGGACAGAGUGAGACAAAGCCCCCACGACAGAGAGAUCAGAAAUCAGAUACAGGCUUGUCCGGCUAACUUAGCCUGGUUCUUUAACGUGCCCAGUGUAUAGCAGAUACAUGCAAGGAUUGCCUGGGUUCCUGACCAGUACACCUCUAGUUGGGUGGGAAACACUGAAAAGCGUUUCUGAAAAUUCCCGAGUAGCUGCCGGGGAUCGAACCCCCGACCUCGGGAUUGGAAGGCCAGUGUGCAAACCACUGAGCUAUCCGUCCACCUAUAAUAUAUGUACAUGUAAGAUAUACGUACCGUUUAUUGGCUUUUAAAAUAGUACAAUAUUACUGUGGUUGAAAGUACGAACGUAUUAUGACAUCGUACCAACUCGACCACCUUCCGUCUACUGUUUUCAGGAUUGUCAUUACUGUUCGCUUGUAUUAUACGUUUGACUAUAAUGUUAUCAAUUAGUUGAUAUAAAUUUGCCGAGAACUUUUG